UUUGAGCUUUUUCUUUUUAAAGAUGAGAUGAGAAUCUCGUGGCCCAAGUUGGUUUGGUUGCUCCAUAAAUACUAUAGAGAUGUUUGAAUUGCGGCAGUUACAAGUUUUUGUUGAGUUGAAACUUGAAAACAAUGUCUUCUACUUUGCUGCUAUGGAUUCUGCUAGCUCUCAUGUUUUUGGCUCAAACACCACAAAGAUGUGGAGGGCAGUUGGAGGAGGAAUGGUGCAUAGCCGAUGAGCAGACCCCAGACGAGGAGCUGCAAAUGGCGCUUAAUUGGGCUUGUCAAGUGGGAGGAGCAGACUGCAGUAAGAUCCAAGAAAACCAAGCAUGCUACUUGCCCAACACUCUACAGCACCACGCCUCUUACGCCUUCAACAAUUACUAUCAAAAGUUGAAGCAGCAAGGAGGGACUUGCUACUUCAAUGCUGCUGCUUUCGUCACUGCCCUUGAUCCAAGUCAUAAUUCGUGCAAGUUUGAGUACCUUCCUUGAUGAAAGCGUGGGGGAGGAUUUGGAUUUCCAGUGAAACAAGUUAAAAAGAGAGGAUUUGCAUUUGUGGUAUUAUCACUAUGUAUGUAUCACAUACAGAUCCAAUUAAAAUUAUUUUUGAGUUUCCAUUCACUCUCACUGAGCUCUGCUCUGCUUUAAUUCAUUUGAUUAUUUCCA